AUGCUAAAGAACACGAUCGUGACUCAAGCGACAGCAACAAACGACUUCAUGACCAUCGAUGCCACCGGCAACGAUGAUCAGGCAUGGUGGGCGCUCGCUGCCCUGACAGCCGCCGAGAACAAAGUACCGCAACUAGGAGGCAUAGCUUGGGUCGACCUAGCAAGAAACGUCUUCAACGAGCAAAGACAGCGCUAUGAAGACGGUGCAAACACGUGCGGGGGCGGACUACGCUGGAAGAUUGACUACGAAGACGGAAACAACGGAUGGCACUACAAGAACGCCAUUACAAACGGAUUAUUCUUUCAACUCGCCGCCCGUCUCGCCCAUCUCACAAAUGACACAGAGAGUUUGGCCUGGGCUGAGAAGACGUAUGCUUGGAGCACGAAAGUCGGACUCGUGGACAAAGACUUCAAUGUCUACGAUGGGACAGACGAAGAGAAUGGAUGUUCGGAUCUGAACCACAACCAGUGGAGUUAUAAUGUUGGAGUUUACCUCUAUGGCUCUGCUGUUAUGGCAGUCCAUACCAAAGACGACAAAUGGGUCAACCGAACCCGCGGUUUUAUUGCUUCUGCGAAGCGGACUUUUACUUCACCAGAUACUGGCGCUUUGUUUGAAUCAAAAUGCGAAGGCAAGGAUAUAGAUGAUGGAGGUUGCGACACGGAUCAGGUCUCUUUCAAGGGUUUGUUGGCACGCUGGUUAGGUGCUGCGGCAGAAAUCUUACCAGAGGUCAAGGAAGAUGUUGAGAAGAUCAUCAAUGCGGCUGCAACUGCGGUUCAGGAUGGAGAGAAGACAGAUUUGGGGCCUAUCGAAAGCUUCAAUGCUUUAGAGGUAGUUGACGCGAGUCUGAGAAUGCAGGGAUUAGGUGUCGAAGUAUUCCAUGCGUACGCAUACGGUACCGCAUUCUGGUACGGUCUGCGUGGCAUGUGCCGUGUGUACGACCCUAUUAUGGUCAUCGGCUGGUUCCGACCUCCCUCGCAGCUGAACCUUGCGCCGAACGAUCUCGAAGCAUACAACGUGCGCAACGAUGGGUGGUGUCUCGUCACCCUUGCGUUGAUCCUAGUGUCCUUUACCAACGCUGUGCCUUUCAGCUCAGCACCUGCAACGAAGCUCACGUCAAUUCCGUAUGCGAAGGCGGUGGUGGCUGCGACAGUCUUCCAUCACAUCACAACUGGCAUCGGCGCGUACCAACACUACAAACUGCCCAGUCACUACAACACCAGUAUGAGCAUUGGCGUGUGGGGUAAUGUGUGGCUGACGCUGACGGGACUCUUUACCUUGGCAAUGCUGCAGUCGAAUGCAGGAAAUACACCGGUCGAGGAGGUCGCUAAGAAGGCUAAAUAG